AAUCAGUGGGGUUUUCAAGGUGUUUAAUAUCAAACUAAGAGUUUUCUAUUGGGUAUCAAUAAGUCAUGUAACUAUACUACACUGAUAUUCCUUUCAGUAAACUCACACAGUAUGGUAAGCUCAAGUUAAAAAAAAUGUUCGAUUUGGUCAAAGAGGAAGACGUUUUAACUGGAAGAUGUAUACGGUUUGCGAAUUUAGUCAAUUAUCCAAAUUCAUUGCGAUAAGACAUCACUAUCUUUUCAAUCAUUUUCAGUUAUCGACAAUGAUGCAACACCCUGUUUAACGUUGAUGAUAUUAACUUUUAAACAAGUGGGAUCACUGGCAUGUUGUAAACAAAUUGUUUUGUAGAAAUUGAUUAUUUUAAUAGACAAAAUACAUAUAUUAAAAUGUUUAAUGAGACAUCUUGUUUACUAUGCUUAGAAAGUUCAAAGGAUCAAAUAGAUUUGGAUUGCAAAGAAGAUAUCGGUUUGAAUGGACGAGAAGUUAUUGAGUUGCAUUUCAAGGAGAUGUUGGAUAUUAUAUCUCAAAUUGAAAUAAAAUUCAUUUGUCGGAUAUGUUGGGAUUAUGUACAAACAUUUCAUAUAUUUUAUGAAAAUGUGAAAGAAGUGCACAAGGAAGCGGCGAACUCAUUGAAAAGCGUGACUUUGGAAGAAGAAAUCUUAGAAAUAAAAGAGGAAAUCUUAGAAGUAAAAGAGGAACUCAUACAUAUUGUCGACGCACAAGUUGAACCAAGACGUCAUAGGGGACGUCCAAAACGUCAAAGAGGACCUGAAACUGUCGAAGUUCCUUGUGAGUCUUCCAUACCGCUUAAAGAAUGUCAAGUUAAAAUUGAAGAACUAAUACUACUCGCUUCCGCUUCAAUUAGUCGCACAGAUAUAUGUAAUCCAUCUGAAAUUUUUUCUGAAGUAUUAGAGGUUAAAGAUGAUAUUUUACUCAAAGAAUAUGUGGAGAACUCGAUAUCUGCAUACAGUUCGGAAGCUGAAGAAAUAGAGAGUGACAACGAAGAUAGACAUUCGAAAAGGGUGUCUCGUAAAAUAAAUAAAACAGAAGGCGUUAAUAAAAAAACUGCGGAAUCGGAUGAGUAUAUCGCAAAGAAAAAUUUUAAAUUUACCUGUUGUAUUUGUCAAACUUCAUUAAAAAACUUCAAACAUUUAAAAAGCCAUUUUCGUGAAGUACAUCAAACUCGUGGCUAUGUGCUAUGUUGUGGUAAAAAACUGCCUGAGCGCGGUUUGUUAAUUGAUCAUAUUCAUUUGCAUGAAGAUCCUGACUACUUCAAAUGUAAGCAUUGUGGAAAGAGAAUGACGGAACGACGCAGCCUUGAUCUUCAUCUUCAGUAUAAGCAUGCAUCUUGUUUAAAACAGCAUUAUAAAAUUAAAGAUACAGAAAAUCAAAAAUCGAUACCGUGCUUAGAAUGUGACAAAACUUUCUCAUACGACAUUGAAUUAAGAAAACAUAUGCGUCUAACCCAUUUGAAAGUUUAUGCAAAAAUAUGUGAUAUUUGUGGUGUAUCGGUAAAAGGGUGCGACGCUCUCAAACGUCAUCAAGCUGUGCAUACUGGGAAGAUGCGAAAAUUAAUAAAAUGUGAUCUAUGUGAUGCUACGCUCACAACGAAAUAUGGUCUAGCACGUCAUAUGAAAACUAUGCAUACGGAAGAGUAUCAGACACCACAAGUCUGCCCAAUGUGUUCUAAAGUAUCACCGUCUGUACAGGCUCAUCGUAAGCACGUAAGAUAUAUGCAUUCCUUGCAAAAGAAGCAUGUAUGUAAUUUAUGCGACAAGGCCUUUAAACGGCAUACCGAUUUCAAAGAUCACAUGGCCACCCAUACCGGAGAAGCUUUAUAUACCUGUAGUUUUUGUCCACAAACUUUCAAAUCUAAAGCCAAUAUGUAUUCUCAUCGAAAGAAGAAACACCCUAAGGAGUGGGCAGAACAAUGCGAAUUGAAGAAAAGCGUAGGAGUACUUUUAAAUCAAAGAGGAGCUGAAACUGUCAAAGUCUUUUGUGAGACUUCUAUACCAUUCAAGGAAUGUCAAGUUAAAAUUGAAGAACUAAUAUUACCCGCCUCCAUGAGUCCCAAAGAUAUAUGUAAUCAAUCUGAGAUUGUUUCUGAAGUAUUAGAGGUUAAAGAUGAGUCCUUACUCGUAAAGUGUAUGGAUGAUUCUAUGUCGACAUUUAGUUCAGACUACGAAGAAUCGGAGAGUGAGAAUGAAGAAGAUAAACAAACAAAAAGAAAGUCCCGUAAAAUAAAUAAAAGAAAAGGUGUUAAUAAAAAAACUGCCGAAUUCGAUGAGUAUAUCGCAAAAAAAAAUUUUAAAUUUACCUGUUGCAUUUGUCAAACUUCAUUAGAAAACUUCAAACACUUAAAUAGGCAUUUUCGUGAAGUACAUCAAACUCGUGGCUAUGUGCUAUGUUGUGGUAAAAAAUUGACUGAGCGCGGUUUGUUAAUUGAUCAUAUUCAUUUGCAUGAAAAUCCUGACUACUUCAAAUGUAAGCAUUGUGGAAUGAGAAUGACGAAACGACGCAACCUUGAACUUCAUCUUCGGUAUAAGCAUGCAUCUUGUUUAAAACAGCAUUAUAAAAUUAAAGAUACAGAAAAUCAAAAAUCGAUACCGUGCUUAGAAUGUGACAAAACUUUCUCAUACGACAUUGAAUUAAGAAAACAUAUGCGUCUAACCCAUUCUAAAGUUUAUGCAAAAAUAUGUGAUAUUUGUGGUGUAUCGGUAAAAGGGUGCGACGCUCUCAAACGUCAUCAAGCUGUGCAUACUGGGAAGAUGCGAAAAUUAAUAAAAUGUGAUCUAUGUGAUUCUACGCUCACAACGAAAUAUGGUCUAGCACGUCAUAUCAAAACUAUGCAUACGGAAGAGUAUCAGACACCACAAGUCUGCCCAAUGUGUUCUAAAGUAUCACCGUCUGUGAUGGCUCAUCGUAAGCACAUAAGAGAUGUGCAUUCCUUGGAAAAGAAGCAUUUAUGUAAUUUAUGCGACAAGGCCUUUAAACGGCAUGGUGAUUUCAAAGAUCACAUGGCCACCCAUACCGGAGAAGCUUUAUAUACCUGUAGUUUUUGUCCACAAACUUUCAAAUCUAAAGCCAAUAUGUAUUCUCAUCGAAAGAAGAAACACUCUAAGGAGUGGGCAGAACAAUGCGAAUUGAAGAAAAGCGUAGGAGUACUUUUAAGUCAGACUGUCACAACUGAUUAAUAAAAAAACUUUAGCGAAUUCGGUGCGAAAAUGUUGUAGCUAAUAUGAAAGCGACAAUGUAUGUCAUAAUUAUUUUUUUCUAUUGAUGGUUUGAUUAUAGACUCGCACACAUCUACUCCGAUUUAAUAGAUCCUAACUAAAAAUUAACAUUAGCAAUAGCAAAGUAUAGCCAAUUAUUAGAGUUUUGUGAGAUCAACAACGGAAAUUAUACAAAAAUUCUCUUCUCGUCAAUAUAAUAAUAAUCUAAUAUAUGGACAACAAAUAGACGCUCUGAAAAUUUUUAAUGAUGUGAAUAAAUUCUACCAAAGAUAAAUUGAUCUUAACCCUUCGUUGCAUGAUUUAAUUUCCGUUAGAAUAAAAAUUUUUUUGAAUCAUA